AAAGGAACGUCCUUAUUUAACGACUGCUGGCGUGUGAUUACCGAUUUUGCUAAAUUGUUACAUUUGUCAAUAAUUAUUAAUGUUUUUAAGGCCGUUUAAUAUAUCAAUAUAACGAAAUUAUUGAUUAUAUUAAAAUUUCAUCUGAUACAAAUAGAAAACAAAACAAAUUAAAGUGGCGUUUUUAAUAUAUCAUGUGAAUAUCGUGUAUUGAAUUUGAACGUUACUAAAAUCGAGCUUUAAUGAAUAAUAAUAUGAGUGCCCAGCAAAGCCCGGCUAAUAUGCAGGCUGUCGUAGAUAGAGAAAAGAUUUACUCGUGGAUUUUGGAACUGUGUAAUCCCGAAACUCGUGAGAAUGCUCUUUUAGAACUAAGUAAAAAACGUGAAGUUGUACCAGAUUUGGCGCCUAUGCUGUGGCACAGUUUCGGUACAAUUGCAGCACUUUUACAAGAAAUUACCAACAUCUACGUGGCUAUGAUACCACCUACACUUACAGCUCAUCAGAGUAACAGAGUUUGCAAUGCGUUAGCAUUAAUGCAGUGCGUCGCAUCUCAUCCAGAAACGAGGUCUGCUUUCCUUCAAGCACAUGUGCCAUUGUUCCUCUACCCUUUCCUUCACACUGUUUCUAAAACUCGUCCAUUUGAAUAUCUGAGACUAACUAGUUUAGGUGUAAUUGGAGCUCUAGUGAAAACUGAUGAACAAGAAGUGAUUACUUUCCUCUUAACCACUGAGAUAAUACCAUUAUGUUUACGCAUUAUGGAAAAUGGCUCAGAAUUGUCAAAGACUGUGGCAACAUUUAUAUUGCAGAAAAUUUUACUAGAUGACAGUGGUUUGAGCUAUAUUUGUCAAACCUAUGAUAGAUUUUCACAUGUAGCUAUGAUUUUAGGAAAAAUGGUUUUAUCUCUAGCCAAAGAUCCAUCUGCAAGGUUGCUAAAACAUGUGGUACGAUGCUACCUCCGCCUUUCAGACAACCCGAGGGCUCGUGAAGCAUUAAGGCAGUGCCUUCCAGACCAAUUACGGGAUGCAACAUUUACAGCGUGUCUUCAAGAAGAUAAUUCCACCAAACAUUGGUUAGCACAAUUGAUUAAGAAUCUGGAAGCCCAGCCGCCACCCGCAAGUCCAGCUCAACAGAAUAUGUGAGAUUUAAAUAUACAUAGGUUUUCUCAUUACAAAGUUUUUAAAAUGUAAAAAAAUUACAUUUUAUGCUAUUGUAAAGGUUAACCUAUACCUGUGAUCAAAAGUGAUUACAACUUACAAAACUUUCAAUUAAAUAUGUUAUAGUGCGAUAAAAGAAUAGAAACUGUCAAGCCUUUUUGUUCUCAUAAUUUUUUACUAUCAUAUAGGUAUAGUUAACAUGUGCCUGAAUGUGCAAAUUCAAAACAAUAAGUGUUUUUAUCCUAUAGCUAUGAAUUAAAUAAAAUAUUCUAGAUAAAAGUUAUAUGAAUUUGCACUGUUUAACUUGUCUUUGCUAGUAUAUCUUAUUAAUUGACAUACAAAUAAUUUUAUAGUAUUAAAACAAAGAAAUAUCAAUUAGCCACAUGUUGCAAUCAAUGUAUUAUUUUUCUAGGUAUAAAACAAGAUGAAAGCACUAAUUUUGUAUGCAGUAGUAGAGUGGACUACUAAUAAAAGUUUUCAUAUUGAAAUAUUUAGUCUUUUAAUUAAUAUCUUAUGGUUAUGAGGGUCUGAUAAAUAGUUGCUACAUAAGAAACAUUACUAGUA